AUGUUCGGGAUCCAGGACAACCUGCCCCGCGGGGCCACGGCCAGCAUGAAGGAGGAGCCGCUGGCUGUUCGCUCCUGGAUGCACUCGGCCGGCGUGGUGGACGCCAACACGGCCGCUCAGAGCGGGGUGGGUUUAGCCCGUGCUCACUUUGAGAAGCAGCCUCCGUCCAAUCUGAGGAAGUCCAACUUCUUCCACUUCGUGUUGGCGCUGUACGACCGGCAGGGUCAGCCGGUGGAGAUCGAACGCACCACCUAUGUCGACUUUGUGGAGAAGGAGAAGGAGCCGACCGGAGAGAAAACCAACAAUGGGAUUCAUUACAAGCUGCAGCUGCUCUACAGUAACGGAGUGAGGACGGAGCAGGAUCUCUAUGUCCGGCUGAUCGAUUCCAUGACCAAACAGGCCAUCAUCUAUGAAGGUCAGGAUAAGAAUCCAGAGAUGUGUCGAGUUCUGCUGACACAUGAGAUCAUGUGCAGUCGCUGCUGUGAUAAGAAGAGCUGUGGAAACAGAAACGAGACGCCGUCAGACCCCGUCAUCAUCGACAGGUUCUUCCUGAAGUUCUUCCUAAAGUGUAACCAGAACUGUCUGAAAAAUGCUGGAAACCCACGAGACAUGAGGAGGUUCCAGGUGGUGGUGUCUACAACAGUGAACGUGGACGGCCAUGUUCUUGCCGUCUCCGACAACAUGUUUGUACACAACAACUCCAAACAUGGCCGCCGAGCCCGGAGACUGGACCCGUCUGAAGGUAUGCAGAGCGCAGUAGAGUCCCCAGCCACUCCCUGUAUUAAAGCCAUCAGUCCCAGUGAGGGUUGGACGACGGGGGGAGCGACCGUCAUCCUGAUCGGAGACAACUUCUUUGACGGCUUGCAGGUCGUCUUUGGUACCAUGCUGGUGUGGAGCGAGUUGAUCACCCCUCAUGCUAUCCGGGUCCAGACCCCUCCUCGUCACAUCCCCGGGGUCGUCGAGGUCACGCUGUCCUACAAGUCCAAACAGUUCUGUAAAGGAGCACCAGGACGUUUUGUUUAUACAGCGUUAAAUGAGCCCACUAUAGACUACGGCUUCCAGAGGUUACAGAAGGUCAUCCCCCGUCACCCCGGAGACCCAGAGAGACUGCCCAAGGAGGUGUUGUUGAAGAGGGCAGCUGACCUGGUGGAGGCGCUCUAUGGGAUGCCUCAUAACAACCAGGAGAUCAUCCUGAAGCGAGCCGCCGACAUCGCCGAAGCUCUCUACAGCGUUCCCAGGAACCACAACCAGAUCCCAUCGCUAGGCAACACCACCUCCCAUGGCAUGAUGGGAGUUAACUCUUUCAGUGGACAGCUGGCCGUCAACGUCUCUGACACAACGCAAGGUACAAACACAAUUGGUUACAGUCGUAACACCAGCAGCGUGUCGCCGCGGGGAUACGUACCAAGCUCCACCCCUCAACAGAGUAACUAUGGUAACACCGUCAGCAACAGCAUGAACGGUUACGGCAACACCGGCAUGCCAAACCUCGGAGUGGCAACAUCUCCUGGUUUCCUCAACGGGUCGUCUGCCAACUCUCCCUACGGCAUUGUUCCCUCCAGUCCGACCAUGGCGGUUUCUAACUGCAACUCCUCUCACGGAGUUUUCUCCUUCUCGGCCGCCGUCAAACAGAAGAGCGCCUUCGCUCCGGUGGUGCGGCCGACAGCUUCACCUCCUCCUCCACCAAACUGCUCCAACAACUCCAACGGGCUGCAAGCCAUGUCCGGCCUCGUCGUUCCUCCGAUGUAA